CGAUGAGAUACAUUACUACAUAUGUAUAUACAGGGGAAAGAGAGCAAGGUACAAGAAGUGUCUGACAUGAAGGACCCACAAGGUCGGGCAAGAAACAAAAUAGAUAAAUGAGAAAGUAUCGUACAUUACUGGGGGCAAAGAUUGCAUAUGACUACGCGUAGAUAUGUACAAGAUGAUGUGCUGUAAAAGAAACGGAGAAGACGGAGAGAACAACAACGAUGAUGCGAGCGUUGAGGACAUCUCAUGGAGCCCUGAGGUCUGAGGUGUUUGCCCGCAUACGCGACGCGUCGCGUGCGACAAUGUUCACGCUGCACACUGAUAAUAUCAUCCCCUAUUCCGAAGACGAAGCACAGUGUCUGCUUCGUCUUGUGUGGAGGGGAUGUAGAAAGGGACGAGGGUGUGUACGUCGUACGAAGAGAGAAGCGAACGAAACGACGCUCACCGACUAUAUCUACCACCUUCGCGUCGACACGCGCUCGUCUCGCAGACAAUCCAACGGCAUCAUAUAGCGCGACGCGAAAGAGAAGGCGUUGGGGAGCGUCGAAUAAAGGCUGACGUUGACGACGAAAGGGGGACUAGCGAAAGCUUGGGGGACCAGCAGACGAUGGCG